UACAUAAACGUGAGCCUCUAGCUUCAACCUUCUGGAUUUGAAGUAUUUAACUUUGAAGUGCCCGUUAUUGUGAGUUGCAACUUUCCUCUCUUUUAGUCUUGUUCCUUUGGUUUGCAGAAAGGAACAACAUGGAAGCUAUGGUAGCUUUUUCUGUUCGUUCACUUCACAUCCCAACAGCACCUGGAACACCAACCCCACUUAGGAAAUCCAUGUUCUUGAGCACCCAAGUCAAUUCACCAUUUUCAUUAGUUCAUGGGAACAAUUCAAAAACCAAGCUUUUCACUGCCUUAUCACCCUCUCCUUUGACAGAACUCAGCAACCCACCUGAGGCUGAGCCAGAAGUUGAAGCUGAUGCAGAGAAAUUUGAUUGGUACUCUCAGUGGUAUCCACUGAUGCCACUUUGUGACCUUGACAAGAGGGCACCUCAGGCAAAGAGGGUGAUGGGCCUAGAUGUGGUUGUUUGGUGGGAUAGGAAUGAGGGUGCUUGGCAGGUUUUUGAUGAUGCUUGUCCUCAUAGAUUGGCACCUUUGUCUGAAGGAAGGAUUGAUCAAUGGGGCAGGUUGCAGUGUGUGUACCAUGGUUGGUGUUUUAAUGGCUCAGGAGAAUGCAAGUUCAUUCCUCAGGCACCCCCUGAAGGCCCUCCGAUUCAUACGUUCAAAAAAGCAUGUGUAGCUGCUUACCCAAGCACUGUGCAGAAUAAUAUCUUGUGGUUUUGGCCAAAUACUGAUCCUCAAUACAAAGAUAUUAUUGCAAGAAAAAAGCCCCCAUAUAUACCUGAAAUAGAUGAUCCAUCAUAUACCAGCUUAAUGGGAAACAGAGAUAUUCAUUAUGGGUAUGAGGUACUGACAGAAAAUCUUAUGGACCCUGCACAUGUUCCAUAUGCACACUAUGGAAUAAUGCGUACUGCGGAACCAAAAGUGAAAGCUGAUAGAGAAGGGGGCAGGCCGCUUGAAUUGGCAAUUGAAAAGUUAGAUAUCAAUGGUUUCUCAGCAGAUCAGGGUUGGAGCAGAGGAAAAUUUAUGCCACCAUGCAUUUUUUAUGCUUAUAAACCAGAUCAACCUGCAUCAUCUGCUGAAACUCAGAAAUCAUCAUUUCAGAAGAAAUUUUCUUUAAUCUUUAUUUGUGUUCCGGUUAGUCCUGGUAAAAGCAGAUUGAUAUGGUGCUUCCCAAGAAACUUUGGAGUGUGGAUUGAUAAAAUUGUACCACGAUGGAUAUUUCAUGUGGGACAAAACCUGAUUCUAGAUUCAGAUUUAUAUCUUCUCCAUGUUGAGGAACAAAAAAUAAUGGAUGUUGGCCAAGCCAAUUGGCAAAAAGCAUGUUUUGUGCCUACAAAGUCAGAUGCACUUGUGGUUGCUUUUAGAAAGUGGUUAAAGAAGUAUGCAGGUGGUCAAGUUGAUUGGAGAGGAAAGUAUAGUGGGGUUCUUCCUCCAACACCUCCCAGAGAACAGCUUAUGGACAGGUACUGGUCCCAUGUGGUGAAUUGCCGAAGUUGCAAUUUUGCUUAUAAGAGCCUCAAUGUGGUUGAAGUGAUGCUGCAGAUCAUAUCUGUUGCUUCAAUUGGGAUUGUUGCCACAAUGAAGCAAGGUAUGAUGUCAGCCACAACAAGAAAUUCAAUGGUUGUGUUGGCAAUACUAUCAUUUGCGUUGUCUCGAUGGUUAGCUCACUUCAUAUAUAAAAACUUCCGUUAUCAUGAUUACAACCAUGCCUUUCGCUGAAAUGUGUUUCCCUAGUUCUUGAUGUCCAAUUAUAUGUAUAGUGAAGCUCUACAUGCACAAAGCCACUUACGGAACCUUUGUUCAUAUAUAUGUUAGAAUUAUUCAUACACACUUGUAGUGGUUGUGAUGUAUAGCAAUUAAGAUUUAUUAUUAUUUCCUUAUUAUAGUUUUCUGUUAUUAUUAUAUUAGUUUAUCUUUA